UUUUUCAUUAAUCUCUCACCCAUCUCUUUAUUAUCUCUCUCUCUCUCUUGCACAAAUAAACAAACAAGACAAAUCUUUCUUUAUUUUUAUUUUUAUCCUAAACAUAUAUUCUCUCUUUGCUUACUGUAUGUAUUAGCUUAAUUUGUAUCUUCCUUAGGUUUUUUUUUUCUCUCAAAAAAAUCUCAUUUCUCUUUUCUCCCUACCUUCUCAAUUUUCCUCCUCUUUUCUUAACCUCUUCCCUUUCUUUUUUGUUUUUCUUUGUCAUGUGAGCUGCUAAUUUUAUCUUCUUGGUGUUCAAAAAGAUCUCAUCUUUUACUUUGCAACUCUCUUUCUUCCCAAGUUAAUUCCAGGAGGCAAAAAAACUCACGGUGUUUGGUUUCUUUCUACGUUUCUUAGGGUUUGUCUUCUGGUUUUCUCACGCUCCUUUGAUUUCAUCUUUUUUUUUAGCUGCUUUUCAUUUAAUGUCCUAUAUAUAAAUAAUCUGCCUUAGUUUUCCUGGAAUUUAGAUUUUGAGAUCUUUCCUUUUAUAGCUUCCAAGAGCCUUGUCUAGUUUUAUUAGUAUGAUUCUCUCUUGGUUUAUAGGAGAGAGAUUGAUUGAGCUUGUCUAUUGAGAAAGAUUUAGGGCUUUUUCUUUUGUUUCUCUGAUCUGGAGUUUGGGUACAAGACCAAGAAAAAAAAAAUGGAGGAAGUUGAAGCUGCAAACAAAUCAGCUAUAGAAAGCUGUCAUGGAGUGUUAAACCUCCUUUCUCAACAGUCCAGUGAUCCCAAAUCCUUAAUGGUUGAAACUGGAGAAGCAGUUUCCAAGUUCAAGAGAGUAGCUUCUCUGUUGAGCAGAGGGUUAGGUCAUGGCAAGUUUAGGACUAUCAACAAGUUUAGGUCAUCUUUUCCUCAACACAUCUUCUUGGAGAGCCCUAUCUGCUUUGCUAAUGAUGAUUACACUCAAGUUCUUGCCCCAGAGCCUCUUCAGAUGGUUCCUGCUUCUGCUGUUUUUGAUGGUAUUGAGCCUAAACACCGUAUGGCCCAUCCUCCUCCAUUGAUGCUUAGUCACAAAAUGUGUGUUGACAAGUCGUUUCUGGAGUUAAAGCCACCGCCUUUUCGUGCCCCAUAUCAGUUAAUCCACAACCACCACCAGAUAGCCUACUCUAGGAGCAAUAGCGGUGUAAACCUUAAGUUUGAUGGUUCUGGUAGCAGUUGCUAUACCCCGAGCGUGUCUAACGGAUCAAGAUCGUUUGUCUCAUCUCUUAGUAUGGAUGCCAGUGUAGCAGACUACGAUAGGAACUCCUUCCAUUUGACUGGAUUAUCCCGCGGGUCUGACCAUAUAUCGCAGCAUUCCCGGAAGAUGUGCUCCGGUAGUUUGAAAUGCGGAAGUCGAAGCAAAUGUCAUUGUUCCAAGAAAAGGAAACUGAGGGUAAAGCGAUCAAUCAAGGUCCCUGCAAUCAGUAACAAGAUUGCAGACAUUCCUCCGGAUGAGUAUUCAUGGAGGAAAUAUGGGCAGAAACCGAUUAAGGGUUCACCGCAUCCACGGGGAUACUAUAAAUGCAGCAGUGUAAGAGGUUGUCCAGCGAGGAAGCAUGUGGAGCGAUGUAUCGAUGAAACUUCGAUGUUAAUUGUAACUUACGAAGGUGAGCAUAAUCAUUCAAGAAUAUUGUCUUCACAAUCAGCUCACACCUGACGAAACAGAGUCGGUGCUUGUCCUUUUUUUUUUUUUGCGUCUACUCUUGGAUUUGAAGAACAAUGAAUUAGAUUCAAGAAACCGGUCUUUGUAGCUCUGAUUUGCAAUUGUAUAUUCCACUUUGACAUGAGUUAUAAGAGCACUUGUGAACUCGGAUUCUGUAGCAGUACAAAGAAACAUGACAAUUCGGCUUCAACCGAGCAUUUUCUUAGAUUUAUGCCACAA